AUGUCGAGUUCCGUCUCUGCGUACUUGGCGGCUUACAACUUUGUUCAGUUGUUAGGUUGGGGCUUUGGCCUCUGUUUAGCUGUCGCACCGCAAAAUGCGGCAAUGAAAUAUAGUUGUGAGCAGGUACUACAAAUCUUUCAAACUUUGGCAAUUUUGGAAGUUUUUCAUGCCUGUCUGAGAUUUGUUAGGUCUGCACCCAUGACUACUGCAAUUCAAAUAUCUUCCCGUCUGCUUAUUCUCUGGGGGGUUCUGUACAUGUAUCCUGAGGUUAGUGUGCAUGUGAACUUCAAGAAAAUGAUGUUUGUUUCUUGGUGUUUGGCGGAUUUUACUCGGUAUCUCUACUACUUUCUCAGUACGUUCACGGCGGUACCACGACUACUUACUAUUCUCAGAUAUAGCCUCUUUCUGGUGCUUUACCCAACUGGCAUCACUGGCGAGAUAGCGCUCAUGUGGUAUUCGCUGUCCUAUGCGGCUCCCAAACCCUGGAUAAAUUUUCCACUUCCCAACAUUCUCAACUUCGGGUUCGGCACAUAUGAGCUUUACCUCAUUUUCUUGUUGCUCUAUGUCCCAGGGAGUCCAGUUAUGUAUGGUCAUAUGUUAGCUCAACGGAAGAAAAUUUUGGGUCAGAAGAGGAAAGUAGUGUGA